AUUCCUGCUUCAGAAUACCACUAGGAAAAGAAAAGUACAAGAAUGAAGACAGCUUUAAUUUUUCUCUUUUUGUUGGGUUUGACCAGCUCAUUUUAUAUUAAUCGAUUCCAAAGGAGGUGGAAAGACGAUGAAGGAAAAAUAUCAAGGAAUAAAUAUGGAUACAACUUUUAUCGAUCCCUGUACAUGGAACCACGUUUUAGGCAACACUUCAACUAUGCUAAGGGUGGCAGCUCAUCAGAAGAAGAUAGCUCAGAUGAGGGUGAUUCCGAUGAACAAGGCAUAAAUGGAAAAGCAGAUUCUCAAGGAAAUGGCGCAAACACUUCUGAGGGAAAGGGGGCAGCUGAAGGGGCAGAUUCAGAGGAAGAAGAAGAAGAAGCUUCAGAAGUGGAAGAAAAUUCAGCCAGCCAGAAUGAAACAGAAAGUAACGAAGUAGACACAACCACAAACAGUACCUCAUUAGCAACUACACAAGAAAUCACUACUGCCCCUUUCACUAGAGACCAUGAAAUCAAUGGUGGCGGGGUGACUGGACCUCCCAGAGUUAGCUAUGAUGAAAAUGGAGGCAAUGAAGAAGGAAGCAAUGGUGGCAUUAGCAGUACUGCAACAUAUGAAACGGAAAGUAUAAGUGUCCAGUAUGAACAUGGCUAUGAGCAUACUUAUGAUCAUGAAAAUGAAGUUGAUUAUAGAAGAAUAAAAGGCGAUAAUUAUGCACGGUAUGAGGAUGAGUACAAUUACAGAAACCGCUACUAUGAUGAAUAUGCUCGACAAUAUGAUUAUUAUCAGUAGAUGCAACUGAAAUUUGUCAAAAUGGGGUGCAAGCUGAGCUUUACCAGAGGUUAGAGAGGAUUGUGUUAUUAUAUUUCUUUUGUUAUAAAAACUUUGUAUUGUGUAUUGUUGUAAGCAACAAUAUAAUAUAUAUUAUGUAACAUAAGCCCUACAUAUUAGGUUGCCUAUUUUAAAGGGACGUUAUCAUUCUUUACUAGGUUGACUCCUAGCAUUUAGGCAGAGGCUAUAUUGGAUACCCUUCUGGUUACUACAAAGGAAUUAGUAUCAGGUGUUGAAGCAAUCAUACAUGCAACAGGAUUCACUUGUUAGUGCCAUUCACAAAUGAUUGUUAUGUAUGAAGAACAUUCAUGUAGCAUUCAAAUUAACCUCUGUAGCUGUCUUGUCAAGCACCAUGCAAUGCAAUGCAAUUUUGCAUGACCCUGGUUUGGCAAAAGAAGUAAAACCUAGAAAUAAAACAUUCUGCUGUGGCAAAA